UAAUUAAUAAUUAAUAACAAUCUUAAACAAGGAAAGAUAGGUCUGCGAAAGGGUUUAUUGAGGCGGAAAAUACAUUAGGGUUUAUAACAUCGAGGGUGAAAAAUCUUGGAUAUUCAGCCAGCCUCCAUGGACAGGAUAUCCGAUUUGCCGAAUGACAUCUUGCAGAGAAUACUGUAUUUCGUGUCCCAAAAAGACGCUCUUCGAACAUCUGUCUUGUCCAAAUCAUGGCGUUACAGGUGGCGCACUCGCCCCAAUCUCGAUUUUUCAGAGGCCACCUUCAAAGGUAAAAAACAAGAAUUUCUAUCCUUUGUGGACAACACUUUGCAACAGUAUCGUGAUCGACGGCUGUGCUUGGAUGAAUUCCACCUUCGAAUAUCGCUAGACGAUUGUCUCAAACACAAAUCGGUUUCGCUUCUCGGGAAAUGGAUCCGGAUACUGACAACUAUGGGUGUGAAGGAGUCUCGUCUCUCUAUUUGUACGGUAGAUCACAACGAUAUGAUGCCCUCUGUCGUUUUUCGAGCCGAAUCGCUCCAACAAUUGCAUGUGGAAGGAUUCGAUAUGGACCGAGACGCUGUUCCGACGAUAAUACUCUCUAAGCAUCUGAAAAAGCUUCAUCUCCGAAGAGUCCACAUCGAGGAAAAGAUAUUUCGGAAGAUAUUAUCGAGCUGUUCGUUGAUUGAAACUAUGCAUGUCGAAGAAUGUGGGGGGUUACGAAACAUCAAGACGAACAAUCUCCGUCGUCUCAAGGACUUCUCCUUUGAAAGAAAUAAUGAAGAAGACGAACGUUGUAGCAUCGAAAUAUAUCCCGCGUCUCUUGAAACAAUUAAGAUCAGGUUUGGUAAUAUUUCCUUUGACAAAGGUGCGGAGUUUCGUAACCUCGUUGAUUUAGAUCUACGCAAUGUCGAAUCGUCGCGGGCCCGCUUGUUUUCGUGUGAGUUCCCAAGCCUCAGACGCUUGACUCUCUCCGAUUGUGACGGACUCAAUGAAGAAUUGUCGUCGGACCGCCCGCGUUGGUGUAGGUUCCCGAGUCUUGAGUUCUUGAAAAUCUUCAACUGUGAUGGACUCAAAGAUAUCCAGUUAGUUAUCGAUGCACCAAACAUACUCAAUUUUGAAUACCAAGGCAACUUUAUCCCAUCAAUCUCGUUCGUAACAAAUUCCAGGGAGUGGAAGUCAAAGAUAGACCUAUACAAAUCUUCUUUGUCGUUACUCAAGCUAGACGAACUGCUCAAGUCAUUAAGCCAGUCGGAAAUUUCUCUGAUGAUAGAUAAUACCAACAUAAUUAGAGAAAACAUUUGGGUACAAGACAACGGUUAUAAUAAACCCGUCGUGGUGGUGGAGAGCUUGAACAUGAAUUGUGGUUGUAGUUUAUCUUACUUCUCGUCUAUUUUGAAUGGCCUGUUUUGUAUUUGCCGUCCAAGAAACAUGGGUUACUGCAACAACUACGACGGAGGAUCAGUGAUGCAAUUUGUCGGGUUUAUGUGGAGGAUUCUAAUCGAGAGAGAAAGUUAUCAGCUCUCGCAGUUGGUGUUACGAGAUUUGGAGGAAGCAAACAUGGAGAUUAAGGAAUGGUAUGAAGAAGAAUGGCAUCGAGCACCUUUGUCGGAAUUUGUUAUAAGCCACGGAAGGCGUGAAGGUUACUUCACCCCGAAAUGUCAAACCCGCUUCACACUCAAAUGGAGAGAAACUGCAUGAAGGCAGUGAAGCAAUUUGGUGCAGCAGAGUUUGGAGAGCAGCAUGAAAGAGAAUGGUGAAGAGAGCUAAUUUGCGCCGUUUUGAGGGUAUUGAUCAAGUUUCUUUUACAUGGUUAGAGUGGCUUGUAUUAACAUAGGAUGUUUUUGCAGUAUUAGUGAGUGACUAUUGUCUUUGUACUCUCUAAGAUUCCCCGUUUUUAUUAUUUCACCUCGACUUUUAUC